AUGGCCUCCGAUUUCGACGAAGACGAGUUGAUCCAGCUCGCGUUCCUCCGCGACGAGGAGACUGAUGCCCUCAUCUCCGCAGGCUUGCUGAGCGAGGACUUGCGUCUCACCUCUCCUCUCGACGACGAGGUCGUCUUCUCCUUUGAGGAACUUGUCCUCACCGUCACCUCACAUGUACACUAUCCUGUGCGAGAUAUCGAUUGCCAUGUGGAAAACAUCAACCUUCCUCGCGAGGUCGUGGACGUGCUCCGCCGUCAAUUGAAGCAAAUCAUGACCAGCGCCCAGGAGACCAACAAUUUGAAGAAUUGGCAAGACCGAGAAAACGGAAAUGCCUACGGCGUAUUCGAGCCUGUUAUGGCCAUCCUGCAACUCGCGCAGACAACAGCGCACUACCUCGCCGAAUACCGUUCACUCAAGCUCACCAAGGACGCCCCAUCCGACGACACACCAGACGAGCACCUCUGGUUCCUCCCAAACGCAAAGCAGCCCGUCCAGAUCGCCAGCCUGGUCCCUUCGUCGACUACAGAGCUGGCCUACCGCCUCCUGCACACCUCUCCCAAGCAGGUCGCCGCCCUCAUCCCGGGCGAAUUCCGCGUCGUCCACGUCGAGCAGGUCCUCCGAACAGACCUCGCCCGCGACUUCGAGCAGUUCCAGAGCAGCGUGCGCAGAAAACUGUCCCGCCUCCCCCACGAUCAGCUCCGGCGCCACAUCCCCGUCGAGCUCCGCAGCCGCCGCAUCGAGGACAUGGUCGACCACCUCGUCAAGCCCCGCCUGACCUUUCACGGCACCCAGUGCCAGAACGUGCCCAGCAUCGUCCGCCACGGCUUCGUGGCUCCCGGCGCGCGCAACCCGGAGCAAGGGGCAGCGCAGAAGGUGCGCUGCGGGUCUACCUACGGCCGAGGGAUCUACUCGUCGCCCAGUGCCGCUUUCUCGCUUACCUACAGUGAUGGUAAGCUGGUGCGGGACUCGAACAAGGAGUUUUCUGGGCUUAAGCUGAUCGUUUGCGCGACCAUCAUGGGUCGGCCGCGUGUGAUGUUCCGAGAUGAUGAGUGGCGGGCCGAGGACAAGGCGUGGGAGGGCGCCGACUCGCAUGUAGCCAAUGGGGGAAUGGAGUACAUUGUCUUCGAUGCUGCUCAGAUCAUCCCUGUUUAUGUUGUUCACCUGGAUUGGGGAGCCGACAACGCAGAGCACCUCCUCCCCGGUGCGGACAGCUGGGGUAAUUCGUCGGAUCGGUGGAAGCGGCUUGUCCGCAAGGCCGAGAUGGCCCCCGGAGACAGGCAACGAGCGAAAGAGGCCGUCUUUGCGCGCGCAGCAAAGUACUUCCCUUACGGCUACGGCCCUGCAUCCGGGAAGAGGUUUGUGGUGGAGGAGGUGGGUGAGGUAUCUGACGACGAGGAGAACUACGGAGAUUACCAGAACCUUGAAGAAGAUGAGACCGCCGAGAACACCGAGUUUUGGUCUUGGGUCAAGGCGGGGGAGAUGGAGGACGAUGACCCUCUGAUGGAGGGGAUGCACAAUGCGGAUGAGUACCUGGAGAAGCGCCAUGCUCUGGUGAUACCACAGGGCUUUGCUCGCACUGCUGAUGCCUGGGAUAGCCUCGAGGUACCAAAGUCGAAGAAGGAUGAGACUGGCGAGAAAGAAGGAGAGGAUGUGGAUGAUGAUGAUCUCCAUCUCGACCUGUUAAUGAUGGAUUUGAAUGGCGAGACAAAAAAUGAUGAUGCUGAUGAUACCCCAAGCUACGAGGAGCUCCAGCCCUCGAUGAACAAGAACCUCUAG